AUGAACCCCAGUAUGAAGCAGAAGCAGGACGGCACCCAUGGGCGCGUGCAGAGCAGUCCUGUCCCGAGGGGAACGCUGAAGAUGAUCCAGCCGUCCACAGCCGGGUCUCUCGUGGGCAGAGAGAACAAGCUGGUGAAAGGCUUGUCCAAACGGAAACAUCGCAAUGACCAGUCGGCGUGUAAGACUUCCGGCUCCGGAGGUCCUGCUGUCCCCGGGCGCGGGGAGGGCAAGGAGCCUGGCGGAGCUGCCCAGGAGGCACUGGAUCUCAUGGUUGCAGAAAACCCGUCCUCUCAGUACUGGAAGGAAGUGGCAGAGCAGCGGCGGAAGGCGCUUUAUGAAGCGCUGAAGGAAAACGAGAAGCUCCACAGGGAGGUCGAGCAGAAGACGAGUGAGAUCGCCCGCCUGCGGAGGGAGAACCAGGAGCUGGCGGAGGUGGCGCAGCACGUGCAGCACAUGGCGGAGGUCCUGGAGCGACUGGAAGGAAACGCUCUGGAGAACUUUGAAUCGCCGGAGAGCAGCGAGGAGUUUGAUUCUGAAGAGGAGGCAGGCGAGGAUCUGGAGGCGGAAGGCCCUGGCGCGGGCGUGGGUGCCAAGGCAGCCACGUCUUCCUCCACGGACGCCCAGCCCGGCGUGUGA